CUCGUACUUCCACUGCCUGUUGCUGCACGGUAUGCCGUUGGCUGAUACACACGGCUGGCCUUGGCGCGCUGGUGGCAAGCUCCGCUGCAGGUGCACGGAGACAGACCCACGGGACCCUGUCACGUCGCUGAAGUCGGCAACUUUCAUCCGGACUAUCUUCAGCCGUCCCUCGACUACUAUGGUUCCUUCGAUUGCGCCUAACCCAUCAACACCGCGACUAGUAUUCCUGAACCUCUGACCUCCAACCCCUCACUCUCUUCUUUCGUGAAUUCAACUUCGCGAAGCUCCGGCAGCAGUGUCUAACUAUGAUCCGGUCGCUCCAAGGGCGUGUGAUCGCCGCUCUUGUUAUUCUUGUCUGCGUCGUUGCAGUACUCCAGAACAAAAGCGGAGAACGCUCAUUCCUCCCUUCACUCCCUCUCCCACAGCGCUCAUCGAAUCGGAAGUACCCAACGUUGCGAGAGCGGUUUGCGCUUUCCGAGAAAUCAUGGCUGAAGAGCGUUGAACUACGCAAGCAGAUGGCGGUCGCACACCCCGACAACCCGCAGAUUCCACUGUUCCCGGCACAGUCACUGGAUGAGUUUGGAAAGUACCCAUAUACACUUUGGGACUUCUUCCCCCCGACAUGGACAUGUCCGCACGACAUCCAGCGAGUGGGAAGGCUAGGCGACGGAGGCAAAUGGGUGUGCGGAAUGAGCAUCUACGAGUCGAUUCCGGCACCUUCAGCUGCACCGUCAAGGUGGGGACUGUCCUCCCCAGCACAACAAGGCGUAGUGAUGUACAGCUUCGGCAUCAACUACGAAUCCUCCUUCGAAGCCGAGAUGCUCGAGCGCGUCCCCAGCCUGCAGAUCUGGGGCUACGACUUCUCCGUCGACGGCUGGGGCCCGCAAAUCGCCGAAGCCCACCGCCCCCGCACCUUCUUCAAGAAAGUCGGCCUCGGCCAAGUCGACCAGCCCACGAGAAACCCACCAUUCUACACGCUGCAAGCCCUCAUGGCGCAGAACAACCAUACCUACAUCGACAUCCUGAAAAUCGACAUCGAGGGCAACGAAUACACGGCUUUCGACACCGUCAUGAAUCAUUUUGCCAGGGAGUGGCGGCACAAGGGCGCCGAGGGCGAUGCGGUGCUGCCGAUCGGACAGGUCAUGAUUGAGAUCCAUGUCGGGGCUGAUCAGCCGAGCGUGUCGUUCCAGAGAUUCCGCAAGUGGUGGGAGAGGCUGGAGGGCAUGGGUAUGCGGCCGACGUGGAUGGAGGUUAAUCUUAUGGCGGUUACGCUGGCGAAGGGAAAGAGUGAUCCGAGGUGUACGGAGUAUGUGUGGGUUAACGCGCGGGAUGAGAGGAGCGUGCUUUGGAGGGGUUAGAGGCGUGGGUGGUGAGGAUGGGAUGCGUGAAGUGUGGAUAUUUGGACUUUUCUUAAGAAGUAGAUACUGGGAAUGCAGCAUCGCUAUUGGCGUCUGGUAUAGGACUGAUGUUCAGGGUAUACUCGGAAGUGGAAGACUUGUAAGCGUGUGGUAACGGGGAUAGAUGGGCUAAUUUCGUCAAGGCUUAGCGCGAGGAAUGACGUACUGGCCGUCGUCCGACUUUCCUCCUGCUGAACACCCCCCAACUUUCCCCUCUCACAUCCUUCGGACAUAACACGUCCUGAAACUUAACCUGAGCACCUCUCCACCCAGUCGAAUGUCGAGUGAGACUAGGGUGCGCCUCGACUUCGAUAGGCCGGUCGUCUUCGGUGUCUAACGGUCGGACGGUGAACUACGAAAACACCAGAACCCCGAGGCGGGCGACAUAGGGCUUUGAGUGACAAUGGAGCGCUCGGAAAGGCCGAGGGGGAACAAAGAAC